CAAAGGGUCACGUGUCGCACCUACUCACUCGCCCGUCUCCUACCUCAUGGUUUUGCAUAGCUGGUUGCCUAGAAAGACUCUCCGACUGUGGGUUUUUUUGUCGAAAGUCUUCGCCGGCUCCCAAAAUUGCCAAGAACGUGCCAAGUUGUCCGAGAACUUUCUCUCUUGAGACGCAGCGGCCUUGAAUGUUCCUUGCCUGUAGGCUGGUUCGAGACUGCGAGUGGUCGUUUUCCUCAGCAACUGCGUCCGUGCGAUUUGCUGAAUCUCGCAAUUGAAACACAACUCGAGCGCAGGGCGAGGUCCUGACUGCUCAUGUCGCGGGACACGUUCACUUCGCCGUAGACGGGAUGGAAUGACCCCAAAUAUGGCCCAAGGACAGCCCAUAAAAACAGUCCGCUCGCCGUCUUUUCCUCUCGUCGGAUUCUUCCCUCACAAUACCGGAGUAUACGGAGGCUAUUCGUGUCAUUCUAUACUCACCGACAAACAAAUCGUCGACCAGCAUGCACGUUCUUGAUCUGGGUGUCGUUGAGCUCAAUGCGCAAACUCUGUACAACCAGGAGAAAGUCGACCUCGAGACGCUCGACAUGAAGAACGGCGUUUGGCCGUUAAAUUCAACCUGGACCAGAUCUGUCUCUUUGAACCGGACGUCGAGCGCCACUUCCAGAUGUUUAUGCCGAAGCCGAUCGAGCAAGGUGACAAGCAUCCAAGCUUGCGGUUCUGUAGUUCGCCCUGGCCAUCGGGCUUCAUCACGAACUCUCACAACAGCUCUCGUCCUUCUUGUGGAAUUCUCUGUCCUGGAUCGUGGAAGCCGUCACUUUCGUCGCGAUUACGCUGUCGAACGAUGGGGUACGCCCACACGACGGGUAGGACUUUUCGGCAUCGCCCUCCUGAUCAUCAACUCGUCCAUCGGGCUCUAUGAGCAACACGGCUCAGGAAAUGCGGCUAGAGUGCUCAUCGACUCUGUUACGCCGAGAGCCAAAGCCAAGCGCUCUAGUGUCUGGCCCGUGAUCGAUCUCUCCCAGCUCGUUCCCGGCAAUAUCACUGCUUUCAAGAUUGUGGAUUCCGUUCCCGCGGAUUUUCGAUUGUCCGAUGCCCACACUAUCUCGAUGGACUAGGCGGCUCCUACAGGAAACUUCCUAUCGUCGUCCAAGAGAUACGGUGAUACUUGGUUUUCGUGGGUCGUGUUCUUGAUCUCAUAUCUGCACACAAAGAUCCAAUUUAUCGCAGUGGCUCGAUCUGUAGACUCAGUGAAGCCAAGGGUCUUGUGAUUGCCACCGAAAGAUGCGGCGCACGACAAUCUUGGUCGGAAAGGCAGCAGACGAUUCCCCGGCCACCUGCAAAUGAUUCUGGCCUGGCUCGGCACGUUCUGCCUCGGCGUCAUGGUCAUCUUUGUCCUGCCCGGAGUCCUAAUUCUGUACCCAGCUUUCCACUAUAAUUACCGACAAAGACUGAAUAACAUUCCCGUGCUCCACAUCGGUAUACAAGAGCUUAUAUCAGUCGCGAGAGGCAGAUGGUGGUCCUGGCUGCUGCCUAGCCCUCUGUGGCAAAGCGCCGUCCUUCCGCCCACAAUGCACUACGACUUGCGUGGCCUCAUGCCACGGCAUAUUUGACUGCGAUCUUCACGUUCUUGACAUGGUUGGCCCAGCGAAGUUGCUAUUUGGAGGUAACCGUCAGAGAUGAUUGUGAACAGUUGAAAGAGGCAUUGCCUGUGCUCGUGCAUACACAACAAUGCAGUCGCCAUGCCUCAGUUUCUGUACGAAACCUUCACCGUUACCGGCACCUGUGUCGAGCUGCGGGGAUCCCACGGGCAAUUCUUUUGAGCUCCAAAUAACUGAGUGCUCUCGAAUGUCACUAGAGGCGGAAAAGUUCUUUUGCAACAGCCAACGUGUCGCGUAGUGAUGGUCGGUUACUGGGACCUCAAGGUCAGGUUCGUAAUUCUUGUAAGAUACUCGUCGGCGGUCAUCUGGAAGGCGCAGGAUGGCCGCUUCGAACCAGCUAAAGCCACGGUAUGUACCUGUGAUGGGGCAUGAGGCCGUGAGGGACUGCUCUCGGAGCACUUGCAUGACAGUACAGACCUCGCAGACUAGCAUCAUCACACCAUCCCUGGUCCCGGCUCUUGGUCACAAACUCGACGCUUUCGAUUCGCAGCGGAAUCCCACCCUCAGCUAUGACCUCAUCCGCCGGCCUGCAUCCGCGCAGAAUGGGUUUCGACACGAGAUAGACUUGGUGUUCGUCGUAUCGCGGCGGGAUCAAUGCUUCAACCACCACUGGUUCUGCUCGCACGUCUUGUACGAGGGACAGAUCGCUGAGAUCGACGAUGAUGAGAACGAUUUCCGGCGGGAGGAAGCGUAGGAGGGCUCGAUAUGCUGUGGUAAUGCGGUCUAACAUCACUGCUGUAAGAGUAAGAGAUGACAUAGACAGGCUUCUAUGCGACUUACUGAAGAGUACAGUGCUUUUACUAGAUCUAGGGUGAGGUUGGGAGGUAGCCAAAACACAGAAGAGGAAACCUGCUGCAGGACUGCUGGCUGAUAGGCUUAAGUAAGGCAGAGAGUGUGGGAGUCCAGCACCCUCAGAAGGAAGUCCCUUUUCG